UGUGUGUUUUGCUACAAUAAGAACAAAAUGCUUGUAAAGAAUCGUGUGUACCUGGGAUGGUUAUCGAUGAUAUGUGUGUUCUGCCUAUGCAGCUGUGAAGUGGAAGAACCUGAAAAUGUGUUGACACAGGCAAACUUUUACCAGGAAGUGGAACCGACAGGAGAGUUCAUGUUUCAGUUUGACAAAGAUGAGAUCUUCUAUGUAGACUUGGAUAAAAAAGAGACCAGAUGGAGGCUUCCACAGUUUGGUGAAGUGGCCAGCUUUGAGGCAGCAGGAGCCCUGCAGAAUAUUGGUGUGCUGAAAUAUAAUCUUGAUAUUUAUAAGCAGCGGUCAAACUUCACAAAAGCAAAAAGUGUUGCUCCAGAAAUUCAUGUAUUUCCUGAAGACCCUGUGAUUGGGGGUGAGCCCAAUGUGCUGAUAUGUCUGGGUAGCAAAUUCUUUCCACCUGUCCUUAAGAUGAGCUGGAUGAAGAACAGUCGGCCUGUGACAGAUGGAGUGUUCGAGACGGAUUUCUACCCUGCACCAGAUGGAUCAUUCAGCAAGUUCUUGUACUUAACUAUGGUGCCACGUGAGGGGGAAGUGUAUACCUGUUCUGUGGAACAUGCUGGACAGACCACCAACAAGUUCUGGCAGUCAGAAGCAUCCAAGCCGGUUUCUGAGACUACUGAGAAUAUGAUAUGCGGUCUGGGUCUGUUUUAUGGAAUGUGUGGCAUCAUUGCUGCAAUUGUGUUGAUCUGUAAAGGAAUGAAGAAUAUGAAUCAAGGAAGAGGGCACUAAGUCUGCAGGUUCUGUCAUCAAUAUUUGAUGCUUCUGAGCUGUUUUCAUAUUUGUAGUUUUCAAAGCGCUAAUUUAAAUUCUGGGUGAAGAAAAAA